CAUUUCAUUCUUGUUUACUGUUACGGACACCUAAGGGUGACUAUUCUGCAAGAAACGUCAAAAUAGAGGAGGAGCCAAAUACAAACGUAACCCGGAAGCAGUAGCCUGGAAAUGAGCAUGUCUGCAGUACCUUGAGCUGAAAUGUUGCUGAUACGGAAGGUUCAGUUCUCAGCAAGAAACGAGAACGUCGUUUUUCUUCUUUUGCUUAGCUGCUGAGAUGAGCCGUCGCCUGUGUAUUUGGUUUUUUCGGAAUCCACCUCUAAAUGCUUACCCUCAGAAACACGUCUUCCUCCACCGUCAGCCAUUAAGACUGAUAAGUCUUGAUUCAAGGCUGUGGGGUUUUAGACAAAACAAGAGUCACGUUCUCCCUCAGCUAUUAAAUAAGAGUUGGUCCAGGAGCUACUGUCAUCAAGAUACAAAGAUGCUUUGGAAACAUAAAGCCCUACAGAAGUAUAUGGAAGACCUGAAUAAAGAGUACCAAGCCCUUGAGUGCUCUUUGCAGGAUGGCUCGGAGCAUGAAGGAGAGAGAAGGGCCUUACACAGAAGGCAUGCUGAGUUAGCGCCGCUUGCUGCUGUUUAUCAAGAAAUCCAGGAGGCUGAAAAAGCCAUGGAGGAGUUAGAAUCAAUGUGUGAAAGUCUAAAUAAACAAGAUGAAAAGCAGUUGCAAGAACUUAUAUCAGAAGAAAGGCAAAUCAUUGAUAAAAAGAUCAACACACUGUAUAGUAAGCUUUUGGAGCAGCUAGUGCCAGAGGAGAAGCAUGACGGAAGUGCCGUUAUCUUAGAGGUGACGUCUGGGAGAACCACUGGAGGUGAUAUCUGCCAACAGUUUACCCGAGAAAUAUUUCAUAUGUACCAGAAUUAUUCAUACUAUAAACACUGGAAAUUUGAGCUGCUGAACUACACACCAGCAGAUUAUGGUGGACUCCAUCAUGCGGCUGCCCGCAUUUCCGGAGACAGUGUCUAUAAGCAUUUGAAGUAUGAAGGCGGAAUCCAUAGAGUUCAGCGAAUCCCAGAGGUGGGCCUGUCCUCAAGGAUGCAGCGCAUUCACACAGGAACAAUGUCAGUGAUUGUCCUUCCUCAGCCAGACGAGAUAGAUGUGAAAGUGGACCCCAAGGACCUGCGAAUAGACACGUUUCGAUCCAAAGGAGCAGGAGGGCAGCAUGUUAAUACAACAGACAGCGCUGUGCGGCUGGUCCACAUCCCCACAGGACUGGUGGUAGAGUGCCAACAAGAACGAUCACAGCUAAGAAACAAAGAAAUAGCUCUGCGUGUGUUGAGAGCUCGACUCUACCAACAGAUCGUGGAGAAAGACAAGUGCCAGCAACAGAGUUCCAGAAAGCUGCAGGUGGGAACAAGAGCACAGUCAGAGAGAAUCCGGACAUAUAAUUUCACCCAGGAUAGAGUCACUGACCACAGGAUAGCGUUUGAAGUUCGGGACAUUAAGGAAUUCUUACGUGGUGAGAAAUGCUUGGAUCAACUAAUUCAGAGACUGCUUCAAUCAGCAGAUGAAGAGGCCAUUGCUGAAUUUUUGGAUGAAAGCCUUAAAUCAGUGAAAUAAAUGCCGCUUAUUAUUUGUUAUUACAUAAAUGAAAUGGACUUUGGUCAAGAAGCAAAUAGGCGUGGAAAUCUUAGUGAAUAUUCAUAAAGUAUAGAUGAACAUACAGACUUUUUAUAGAAAUCAUUUUAAUGAAUGAAAGUCACAUUUUUCUUGGUUUUGGUUUUUAGUUUUUCAAGACACGGUUUCUCUCUGUGUAGCCUUGGCUGUCCUAGAACUCGCUCUGUAGACCAGGCUGGCCUCGAACUCACAGAAAGUCACAUUUCUUGACAUAAAGGUCUAUUUUUGGGUUUCAGUAAAUCCAACCCCUCAAGUAGAAAAUAAGCUUGUAAUAUCAAAAAGAGAAAUAAAAUA